AUGGUUCCCAGACAGCGUGUCGUCUCUGGCCGUCAGCAGAAGAGCUUCUUCAGCACUGCCUAUGACGAAGUCACCCACCCCGAGAAUGCUACCAUUGUGAGAAGCGUUCUGGUCUUCGGCGCCGGCGUCGCUUUCCUCUACAGCAGCCUCAGCGAGCUCCUCCUUCCUCCUAUGUAA